AUGGUCCGCGGGGGUCACUGGAGCCUGCUUUCGGGUACUGGGGCUGACAGUGCAGAAUCUCAUCAGGAAGCAUCGGAUUUACUCCGAUUUCUCAAUUUACCUCCACACACAGAAUAUGAGAUUGUAUCUCCAUAUGAGGUCAACCACCAAGGUGUUUACAUCUCUCAUGAAGUUGCCCACCAUCAGCGCAGAAGGCGACGCAGAUCCCUGACCCCAGAUACGGACUCAUCAAACACUGAUAGCAGCAGUGAAAUGGUCCACUUCCGGCUGAGUGGCUUGGGGCAGGACUUCCACAUGGAGCUGAGGGAGGCCUCAGAGAGCCUGAUUGCACCUGGCUUCACCAUCCAGGUCCUGGGAAAGAACGGCACCAAGAGCCUGAGGGCCUACCACCAGGACGACCUCUGCUUUUACCAGGGGUCGCUGAGGUCGAGGGUCAACUCCUCGGUGGCACUGUCUACAUGCAUGGGGAUGUCAGGUUUGAUCAGAACGCAGGAUGCGGACUACUUCCUGAGACCUGUGUCCCUCAGCCUCGCCCAGAGAGAGAACUUCACAGCACCCUCCAGUCACCAGCCACACAUCCUCUACAAGAGUGAGAGGUACUCCCAGACAGAGCAAAGAGGUCAUCAGCCACGGAGAUCCACAAAUUCACAGACAGACCCCUCCUACAAGACAGUUAAUGAAGAUCACGGCAGGGGCCAGCAAAAACAGCAAAGGCACAUCCAUGAUUAUCACAAUAACAACCACAGUCAUGGCGACCAGACGGAGCAUCAUGGCAGUGGCCAUCACCACAACAGCCAUCGCCAUGACAACGACUACAGACAUGGGGAAAAGCAGAGGCAACACUUCUGUGGGAGACGGAAGAAAUACAUGCCCAAACCUCCUGAAGAGGAUGUUUUUAUCCUCCCGGAUGAGUACAAGUUCAUCCCUAGGAACAAAAGGGCAGUGCUGAUGAAGAACAAGGCUAGUCAGAUUCUCAACGUGGAGACGCUGGUGGUGGUGGACAGAAAUAUGAUGGACAACCAUGGACAUGAGAACAUAACCACAUAUGUUCUCACUGUGCUUAAUAUGGUCUCCAGUCUCUUCAAAGAUGGUACAAUAGGGGGGAACAUCAACAUAGUGAUAGUGGGUCUUGUGCUUCUGGAUGAAGAGCAGGAUGGCUUGGUGAUCAACCACCAUGCAGACCACACACUGAACAGCUUCUGCCACUGGCAGUCUACUCUGGGAGGCAGAGAGGGACGCCACCAUGACCACGCCAUCCUGCUCACAGGACUCGACAUCUGCUCUUGGAAGAAUGAACCCUGUGACACUCUUGGUUUUGCUCCAAUUAGUGGGAUGUGCAGCAAGUACCGGAGUUGUACCAUUAAUGAAGACACAGGACUUGGUCUGGCAUUCACCAUCGCUCAUGAAUCCGGACACAAUUUUGGAAUGGUCCAUGAUGGUGAGGGUAACGUUUGUAAGAAGUCAGAGGGCAACAUCAUGUCUCCCACAUUAGCCGGUCACAAUGGCAUCUUCUCCUGGUCUGCCUGCAGCCGCCAAUACCUCAGCCGCUUCCUCAAUUCUGCCCAGGCUCUGUGCCUAUCAGAUGAACCCAGAGCAGUCAAGGAGUAUCCAUACCCUGAGAAGCUGCCUGGCGAGCUGUACGAUGCAGAUACACAGUGCAAAUGGCAGUUUGGGGAGAAGGCCAAACUCUGCACCCUCGAUUUUAAGAAGGAUAUCUGCAAGGCUCUGUGGUGCCACCGUGUUGGGAGGAAGUGUGAGACCAAAUUCAUGCCAGCUGCAGAAGGCUCUGCCUGUGGCCCUGAUAUGUGGUGUCGUAGGGGCCAGUGUGUAAAACAGGGUGAUGAGGGCCCGAGGCCUCAGCAUGGCCAAUGGUCAGAGUGGUCAUCCUGGUCUGCCUGCUCGCGAAGCUGCGAGAGUGGAGUCACCUAUCGAGAGAGGCAAUGCAACAACCCCAGACCUGCAUAUGGAGGGAAGUUCUGUGAGGGCUCCUCCAGGUCGUACAAGCUUUGUAACACUGAGGAUUGUCCCCCCAACGCCAUCGACUACAGAGCGCAACAGUGUGCCGAAUUCAACAGCAAACAGUUCAGAGGAUGGUACUACACCUGGAGACCAUACACUAGAGUGGAUGAUCAAGAUGUAUGUAAGCUGUACUGCUUUGCUGAAGGUUAUGAUUUCUUCUUUGCCUUGGCCAGUAAAGUUAAGGAUGGGACUCUCUGCUCACAGGACAGCUCCAACGUCUGUAUUGAUGGACUGUGUGAGAGAGUGGGCUGUGACCGCGUGUUGGGCUCCACAGCUGUGCCUGAUGCUUGUGGGGUGUGUAAAGGAAACAACUCCACCUGCAAGAUCUACAAAGGACAGUACACCAAGCAGCAUUAUACUAACCAGUACUAUGGGGUGGUAACCAUCCCAGCAGGGGCUCGGAGUAUCCGUGUGAUGGAGUUGAAUACAUCAAGCUCAUACCUGGCUGUCAGGGACACACAGAGACGCUACUACUUGAACGGACAUUGGACAGUGGACUGGCCAGGCCGACACCCCAUCGCUGGAGCCAUUUUUGAAUACAAGAGACCCUAUAACAGACCAGAGAGCCUCUUAUCGACUGGCCCCACCAAUGACACACUGAUCAUAGAGAUAUUGUUGCAGGGCUGGAACCCAGGAGUACGUUGGGAAUAUACUCUGAAGAAAUCUGAUGAGAAGAAGAAUCACAUCAAACACAAUUAUACAUGGGCCAUCAUACGCUCCCAGUGCUCAGCAACUUGUGCUGGAGGCCAGAUGAAUACGAAGUCAGCAUGCUACAAAGACUUGAGAGUGCAGGUGAACACAUCCUACUGCAAUCCCAGAUCAAGACCAGCUACUGGAUUGAUGCCCUGCAACACCCAACCAUGUCCUGCCAGCUGGUCUGUAGGAGAGUGGGGGGUGUGCAGCCGGAGCUGUGGAGGAGGAGAGCAGACGCGGCAGGUCCAGUGUGUCCAGAGAACCAGCCAGGCCAAUGUAGACGCCCUGGCUGACUCUCGCUGUGCCCAGCCCACCCCGGCAAGGAGGCAAGCCUGCAACACACAUAGCUGUCCACCAGUGUGGACCACUGGGCCAUGGUCACAGUGUUCUCGUAAGUGUGGCAAUGGCUUGAGGAAGAGGACAGUGGUGUGUACGAGCACCAACCCAGGUGCCCAAACACACACUCUGCCAGACAGUGUGUGUGCAGGCUUGCCGAAACCUGCCAAUCAAGAAGCCUGCUUUAUUAAACGCUGCCAGAAACAACGAAAAGUCCAGUGGUUUGUCUCCACGUGGCAAGAGUGUUCAGUAACAUGUGGUCGUGGCUAUCAGGCACGCUUCAUCAAAUGUGCAGAGAAGGACACUGCAGGAAAAUACAGAGAGCUUGCUGCCAAGAAGUGUCACCAUGUUCCUAAGCCCACAGUCGAGCUCCAGAGACCCUGUGUCCUGGCUGAGUGCCCUGUCCGCACUACCCCACCAAUCCACCGAUGGAGCACGCAUCAUCGCACCUAUCCACCCCAGCCUCUCCCUCAACCUCCAUCUCGACCAGAAUGGCACUCAUCUCCUUGGUCUCAGUGCACAGUGACAUGUGGAGGCGGAGUGCAGGCCAGGACAGUCCAAUGUCUGGCUCAGGGGAAGCCCUCUCCUGGCUGUGCACUCCAUCUUAAACCCUCAAUGUCCCAGGCCUGCAACACCAACUUCUGCCCACAACCUGAAAAGAAAGACCUUGCGUGUAGGGAUUACUUCAACUGGUGUUAUCUGGUGCCUCAGCAUGGAGUCUGCAACCACAAGUUCUAUGGCAAGCAGUGCUGCCAGUCCUGUUCAAAUUCAAACCUAUAA